CUUACAUCUGGUGACUGCUGAUUUGAAGAGCUCUGUCAAAACAUGUGAACGUAAAUAUUUUACGUUUUUAGACGCAUACAUUGAAUAUUCGGAGCAGAAUAAACACGGCUGUGACGCAUUUCUAAGAUGGAUGAAUCUGAAGGAGACCCUCACAUCCCAUCAGCUGGUUCUGAGGAGAAACAAGGAGAGACAUCCCCCAAGAAACCUAUAUGCAUUAUUGCACUUGGGAUGGCUGGAUCAGGGAAAACAACCCUAGUUCAGAGGCUGACAGCUCAUCUUCAUGCAAAGAAAACACCACCGUAUGUUGUUAAUCUUGACCCUGCCUGUCAUGAGGUGCCCUUCCCUUCUAAUAUAGAUAUUCGAGACACUGUUAACUACAAAGAAGUCAUGAAACAAUACAAUUUAGGUCCAAAUGGAGGCAUUGUGACAUCACUCAACUUAUUCGCUACAAGGUUUGACCAAGUGAUGGGAUUCAUUGACAAAAAUAAGUCCAAAAAUGAGUAUAUUAUACUGGACACACCUGGCCAGAUAGAGGUGUUUACAUGGUCAGCAUCAGGCACUAUUAUAACAGAGGCAUUGGCUUCGUCAUACCCCACAGUGGUAGUGUAUGUAAUGGACACACCUAGGAGUGUUAACCCUGUUACGUUUAUGUCAAACAUGCUCUAUGCAUGUAGUAUUCUCUACAAGACAAAGCUGCCAUUCAUUGUGGUCAUGAAUAAGACUGACAUUGUUGAUAAUGGGUUUGCCAUGGAAUGGAUGCAUGACUUUGAGGUAUUCCAAGAAGCUCUUGAGCAAGAAACCUCAUAUGUUUCUAACCUUACUAGGUCCAUGAGUCUGGUCCUGGAUGAAUUCUAUAAUAAUCUCAAGGCUGUAGGUGUUUCUGCUGCUACUGGUCUAGGAAUUGCUGAGUUCUUUCAAGCUGUUGAUGAGAAAGCUGAUGAAUAUGAGCUGGAGUACAAAGCAGAGUAUGAGAGACUAAGGAAGGCAAAAGAGGAAAGGGAACGCAAGGAACAGAUAGAACAACUCAAGAAAGAUACAUCAGGGGAGGUUGACCCUAUUGCCAAGGAAACAAGAUAUACUUUGAAGGGUGAGGUGAGGAGUAAUAGGAUGCCAGGUAUGGUGAUAAGGCCUGGAGCUGAUGAAGAGUCAGAUAGUGAUGAUGCAUAUGAACACAGCCCACAAGAUGAAGAAGAGAGAAUAGAAGUAGAAUCAUUUAAAAGAUAUCUGGACAAAGAGAAAGAUAAAAGAAGUGUACAAAUAAAACAAAGGACUGAACAGGAUGGCCACUGAUAUUUAUACAAAAGCAUUUUUUUAUGUUUAAACAUUUUAAUAAAAUAAUAUAGUAUACUUAUAUUGAAAUUGCUUUUUAUUUUUAUUUUAAUGUGUCCACCAUAUUCCAACAAGUGUUGAGAUGCUAAAGUUACAUGUAGUGUUCAUAACACCGAACAUUGACAAUUUGUCAAAUAAGUUUAUUGACCCUAAAACUCAAUCCCAUGUCAAUGUGACACUGGUCAUGUAGACUCAUAAAUCUAUCCAGUGACA